AACAGCGACGUCACACCUUUCCCGUGAUGCUUAGCGAACCUAAAUUGAAUGCUCGGCAGAAGAAAAUAUUUGUUUUUUGUGUGUGAUCGUUUUUAAGUGUAAAAAAACACAAAGCAAGACAUUUCAACUGAAACAGAAAAGCGCUAAAGAGCUAAUAUAACAGCGCCAAAAGGGGAAGCGUUUACUGGGGGAAAGGCAUCAUGGAUCAGCACUAUGAGUGCAGGCUCCUCAAGCAGAUCAAUAUCCAAAAUGAGAAUGCAAGUCCCAUUAAAGCUGUAGGAGCAGUGCGAUCUCUGACACCCACCAGCUCCCCCCUGUCCUCCCCUAGCAAGCAUGGCGAUCGCUUCAUUCCCUCCCGGGCUGGAGCCAACUGGAGUGUCAACUUCCAUCGCAUUAAUGAAAUUGAAAAGUCGCACAAUCAAAACAGGAAAACCAAAGAUGGCACCACUGACAGCAACAAAGCGGACGGACUGGCUUACUCAGCUCUGCUGAAAAAUGAGCUACUAGGAGCGGGCAUUGAGAAAGUCCAGGACCCCCAGUCAGAAGAUCGUCGCUUACAGCCAUCUACACCUGCCAAGAGGAGCCUUUUUAGUUAUUCUGUAAGCACCAAGAGAGCUCUUCCUGAAGAGGAUGGAAACACAGUCUCUCCAUAUUCACUAUCACCUGUCAGUAGUAACAGUCAGAAGCUUCUUCGAUCACCGAGAAAACCGACUCGCAAAAUUUCUAAAAUUCCUUUCAAAGUUCUGGAUGCUCCAGAGCUUCAAGAUGACUUCUACCUCAACCUAGUGGACUGGUCCUCUCUGAAUGUGCUCAGUGUGGGACUCGGUACCUGCGUCUACCUGUGGAGUGCCUGUACCAGCCAGGUGACUCGUCUUUGUGACCUUUCUGUGGAAGGAGAUUCUGUGACAUCAGUGGGCUGGUCAGAGAGGGGUAACCUGGUAGCUGUGGGCACCCAUAAAGGCUAUGUACAAAUCUGGGAUGCAGCAGCAGGGAAGAAGCUCUCUGUACUAGAAGGACACACAGCCAGAGUGGGUGCUCUAGCAUGGAAUGCGGACCAGCUGUCGUCUGGAAGCCGUGAUCGGGUGAUCCUGCAGCGGGACAUCAGAGCACCGCCUCUCCAGUCGGAGCGCCGUCUCCAAGGACACAGACAGGAAGUCUGCGGGCUCAAGUGGAGCACAGACCACCAGCUGCUAGCCUCAGGUGGAAAUGAUAACAAGUUACUCGUGUGGAACCACUCAAGCGUUCUCCCAGUGCAGCAGUACACAGAGCACUUAGCUGCAGUGAAGGCCAUCGCCUGGUCUCCUCACCAGCACGGCCUGUUGGCCUCUGGAGGAGGGACUGCCGAUCGCUGCAUCCGCUUCUGGAACACUCUGACUGGCCAGCCUCUGCAGUGCACCGACACUGGCUCUCAGGUCUGCAACUUGGCCUGGUCCAAGCACACUAACGAACUGGUCAGCACACACGGUUAUUCCCAGAACCAGAUCCUGGUGUGGAAAUAUCCUUCUCUAACUCAAGUGGCCAAACUUACAGGACAUUCCUACAGAGUACUUUAUCUGGCUAUGUCACCUGAUGGAGAGGCCAUUGUGACGGGGGCUGGAGAUGAAACUCUGAGGUUCUGGAAUGUCUUUAGCAAGAUGAGAUCUACUAAGGAAUCCGUCUCAGUGUUAAACCUCUUCACCAGGAUCCGGUAGUCGGCACUGUGCGGGGAAUAAAAACGGGAAGGGAAUUUGUCUUCGCAUGUCUCCUGAUAUAAAUGGACCCCCUUUGAACACUCACCUCAGUACUCUGCAGAAAGCCCCCUCGACUACCCAAGCCAAGUUGUAGCAGAAGAUGGGAGGAGGCACACAGACGGAGGAUUGAGGGCAGAAGAGAUGCACACAGUAUUCCACUUCCUCUUGAAUGAUGGAGCCACUGCCGGCUCCCGUUCUGGGGCCUUUAUCUCCCCGUGUGAUGACAUAUGGUCUACAAAUAGACGUUGUGCAUACUUGCCAAAUAUUGAGUUUGUCUUUUUGAUUGUUUAUUUAUUUUUUGUUUUUGCUUUUUUUUUUUCUCUCACAUUUUUAACAAAUGUUCUCAGUGUGUUUGUUGCAAAGGCUGGUUGAAUUAAUUUCAUGUUGCGUAACUGCCGUUUUUGGUCUGAUCUGUGGACUGAGUCUGAUUUUGUUCAGAUUUUCAGGAGAAAAAGAAAAGAAAAUCUAAGCUUGUGUUACCUUUUUCCUGAGGGGCAAUAAUGUUUCAUGUACACUGAUUAAGGAUCCAUAAUUUUGUGCCAUUUUGCAAAUAGUUAACAAGGAUUCAGUGAAAGAGCCUGAUCUCUUUUUUUUUUUUUUUUGAAUUUUUAAUCUGACAUUUUUAUUUCAGUCUGAUAUUAAGCAAACAUGGCAAACAUUACUUCAUAAUCGCCCAAAAACAAUUAGUUUUUGGGAAAUUAUCCUUUCUUAAUUGAAAAGCCAGCCAAGGAAAAUAAAAAGGAAAUAGCUUUGGCUUAUCAUUGUAGUUUACAAUAGUCAGUGCACAGUAAAAACAUUUGUGAUUAAACCAGAUGGUGAAAUGCUGCUAAAGAACUUCUGCUUUGUGCUAUGUUUGUAAGAUAUUCAAGCUCGGGGCGCUUGCUUCUUUGCUGCUUCAAACUUUUUCUGUGUUAAGCAGUCAUGCUAUUGAAUUUAGUUUUUAAAAUCUGGAAGCAUAUUUCAUAUCUGCCGCUGCGUUUUCUUUGAAUGUUUCAGUCACCUACAUUUAAAUGAAUGCUAUUUAUUUGUCUUGUGGAAGUUUAUAGUACAGAGAGAACAUGUUUGCUUAUUGAGGUUAUCUGAGGGGAGCUGACUGUAAACUCUGGAAAUUUCUUUUAAUGCCACUUCAAGACAACACUGGCAACUUCAGUUAUUGAACGAAUGUUUUAAAAAAGUACAAUAUUUCUGUACUGGGACAUGAACAACAAUUAAAUCGCCAUAUCUUGUAACUUA